AUGCACAUCAAGGCGCCCAAGUUCUCCAUGCCCGACGUCGACUUCAAUCUGAAGGGCCCCAAGCUCAAGGGCGAUGUGGACGUGUCAGCUCCCAAGCUUGAGGGUGACCUGAAGGGUCCCGAGCUGGACAUCAAGGGCCCCAAGGUCGACAUUGAGGUACCCGACGUGGACGUUCACGGCCCGGAAGGCAAGUUCAAAAUGCCCAAGUUCAAAAUGCCCAAGUUCGGGAUGCCGGGGCUGAAAGGAGACGUUCCAGAGGUGGACGUGAACCUGCCGACAGGACACCUGGAGGUUUCUGGUCCGAAGGUGGAUAUUGAAGGUCCAGAGCUGGACAUUGAAGGUCCCGAGGGGAAGCUGAAGGGCCCCAAGUUCAAGAUGCCCGAGAUGCACAUCAAGGCGCCCAAGAUCUCCAUGCCUGACAUUGACUUGAACUUGAAAGGCCCCAAAGUGAAGGGGGGUGUGGACAUUUCUGCACCUGAUCUGGAAGGUCCUAAGGUUGAGAUUGAGGCUCCUGACCUUGACAUCAAAGGCCCCGAGGGUAAGCUGAAGGGCCCCAAGUUCAAGAUGCCCGAGAUGCACAUCAAGGCACCCAAAAUCUCCACGCCGGACUUCGAUCUCAACCUGAAAGGUCCCAAAGUUAAAGGAGACAUAGACAUGUCGGUGUCGGGAGUUGAAUGUGAACUGAAAGGUCCAGAGGUCAAUGUCGGUGCUCCUAAAUUAGACAUAGGUGCCCCUGAUGUUGACAUUGACAGCCCGGAAGGUAAAUUCAAGUUGCCAAAAUUCAAAAUGCCCAAGUUUUCCAUGCCUGGCUUUAAAGGGGAGGGGGUGGAUGUGGACGUGAACCUCCCGAAGGGAGACGUUGACGUUUCGGGCCCCACCGUAGAUGUAGACGCUCCCGAUCUGAACGUGGAUGGAAAAGUCAAAGGUCCCAAAUUCACGAUGCCCGAGAUGCACAUCAAGGCGCCCAAGGUCUCCAUCCCUGAUGUUGACUUCAACAUUGCUGGGCCCCGGCUCGAAGGUGAUUUGCAAGCGCCCCAAAUCGAUGUGAAAGGCCCCAAAAUAGAGGUUGAGGCUCCCGACGUGACCAUCGAAGGGCCGGAAGGGAAACUCAAAGGCCCCAAAUUCAAGAUGCCCGAGAUGCACAUCAAGGCGCCCAAGUUCUCCAUGCCCGAUGUCGACUUUCAUCUGAAGGGCCCCAGGCUGAAGGGGGACGUGGAUGUCUCGGCACCGAAGCUGGAAGGGGAUUUGCAGUGUCCAGAUGUUGACGUCAAAGGCCCCAGGUUGGACAUUCAGGCGCCCGACGUGAGCCUCGAAGGGCCGGAGGGAAAACUGAAAGGGCCCAAGAUCAAGAUGCCGGAAAUGCACGUCAAGACCCCCCAGAUCUCCAUGCCAGACAUAGACUUGAACCUGAAGGGACUGAAGCUGAAAGGCGAUGCUGACCUUCAGGGCCCGAAGCUCGAGGGAGGUCUGAAGGGUCCUGAAGUUGAUCUUAAGGGUCCCAGAGUAGAUAUCGAGGGCCCAGAGGUGGAUGUUGAUGGUCUGGAGGGAAAAAUGAAGAUACCCAAAAUGAAGCUGCCCAAGUUUGGCUUUAAAGGAGAAGGUCCUGAGGUGGACGUGAACCUGCCAAAGACAGAGGUCGACCUUUCAGGCCCCAAGGUAGACAUCAGUGUCCCAGAUGUGAGCGUUGAAGGUCCGGAGGGCAAACUGAAAGGUCCAAAACUGAAGAUGCCAGAAAUGCACGUGAAUGUUCCUAAAAUCUCGAUGCCCGAGAUAGACCUGAAUUUGAAAGGCCACAAAACGAAGGGAGGCUUUGACCUUUCAACCCCAAAGGUAGAAGGUAACCUGAAAGGUCCCGAAGUUGAUAUCAAAGGCCCUGAAGUUGACGUCGAAUGUCCUGACCUGAACGUUGAAGGCCCCGAGGUAAACGUCAAACUUCCCAAGUUUAAGAAGUCCAAGUUUGGGUUUGGGAUGAAAAGCCCGAAGGCAGAAAUCAAGGUCCCGGGCGCAGAAGCGGAUUUACCCGAGGCGGAGCUGAACGUGGAGUCGCCCGACGUCAGCGUCGCUGGAAAGGGUAAGAAGAGCAAGUUCAAGAUGCCAAAACUCCAUAUGAGCGGCCCUAAAGUUAAAGGCAAGAAAGGUGGGUUCGAUGUGAGUGCGGCUGGCGGAGAGCUCGAUGCGACGGUGAAACCUCCCGACCUGGACGUGAACGUAGCUGGUCCGGACGUGACGAUAAAAGGUGACGCGACGGUGAAGUCCCCCAAAGGGAAGAAACCCAUGUUUGGGAAAAUCUCCUUCCCAGACGUCGAAUUUGACCUUAAAUCGCACAGGUUCAGAGGGGACGCUUCUGUGGCGGUCCCAAAAAUGGAGGGGGAGCUUAAAGCCCCUGAGCUAGAAGUCUCUGUGCCAACCGCCCAAGGCGACGUCAAAGGCCCGAGUCUCAACGUGGACGUUGAAGCUUCCGACGUCAGCCUGAAGAAACCGAAGUUCAAACUUCCCGGUGGGCAGGUGGGCGUAGGGGACUCGAAAAUCGAGGGCAGCCUGAGAGGACCCGCCAUUGAUGUCGCCGUCCCCUCCGUCCCAGUGCCGGAUGUCGACGUAAAUGUGAAAGGACCAAAAGGAAAAGGUGAAGUCGGCGUUCCUGGAGCAGAACUGGAAGGUCCCGAAGGAAAGUUGAGGUUGCCCAAGGUGGGGAAAAUGGGUCUCGGUCUGGAAAUGCCGGAUGCAAACUUGGAUCUCUCUGUCCCAGCCGUGGAAGGGAGCGUGAGCCUCCCUUCGGCCGAUGUGAACCUCCGAGGUGUCGAGGUGAAGCUCAAAGGGCCCCAACUCUCUGGACCCGAUUUUGAUGGAAAGCUGAAAGGACCAAAACUAAAGGGAGAUCUGGAGGUUUCGAGUUCUGUGGAAGGGCCAAACGUCAGCCUGGACGCGCCAGGCGUCGACAUGGGAGGCUUGGGAGGAAAGCUGAAGCUGCCGAAGUUUAAAUCCCCCGCCGCCGAGGCGCCGGAUCCGAGUGUGAAAGGAGGCGUCGCCUGCUCCGUCCCGCCGAUGGAGGCGGAUGCGAAAGCCCCGGGUGCGAAUCUCGAUCUCGGCAUCCCGGGCUUCGCUACCAAAGGGCCCUCGGUGGAUGUCUCUGCCCCGGCUUUGGAUGUAAACCUGAAAGGACCAACGUUGAAAGGAGAUCUUGAUGUUUCUGCUGGCGUUAAAUCCCCCAUAGCAUCGGUGGACACGUCCGACGUCGGCUUUGAAAUUUUGGGUGGCACCAUCAAGCUCCCGUCCCUCAAGCUCCCCCAGUUUGGUAUUUCCAGUCCUGGUGUGGAUGGAGCCGACGUUGGUGUCGGUCUUGAAGGUCCCCAGGUGAAAGGCGGCCUGAAGGGCUCAGGGGCUGGUGUUGGCUUGGAAGGACCCGACGUGGAAUUGAAAGGGCCCAAAUUUCAAACGCAGUCGCUUGGUGUUUCCUUGCCGGACAUUGACCUGAAGCUGAAAGGACCAAACCUCCGGGGCGACGUCGACGUUGCCGGUGAAAUCAAAGGUCCAAAAGUCAGCGUGGAAGCGCCACGCGUCGACGUUCAGGAGCCCGGAGUUGGCGUCCACCUUGACGCUCCCGCCGCGGCUGCGUCUGCGCUGAAAGGUUCAGGGCUGGAUUUUAACGUUAACGUAAAAGGGCCGAAGAUCAAAGGCGGCGGCACCGUCUCUGGAGAAGCGGCGGCUCCGGCUGUGAGUGCCGCCGGGGGAGCUUUUCACGUUACCGGCCCAAAAGUCGGAAUCGGAGGUCCCGGCAUCGCCGCGAGCGCCCCGCACGGUAGCCCAGAAAGCAGCCUGGGAAAAGUAUCGUUCCCCAAGCUGCGAAUGCCUAAAUUCAUGUUUUCGGACCCCGAGGUGAAGGGCAGGGAGAUGGGGGUCGACGUCGAGUUCCCCGGGGCGGAUGCUCACCUCCAGGCCGGCGCCGCCGAGCUGGAGUCGGAGGACACGGAUGUCAGGCUAAAGAAAUCCAAAAUCAAAAUGCCCAAGUUCAAUUUUUCCAAGCCGAAGGGGAAGAGCAGCGGCGCCCUGGGCUCCCCGGAGGUUUCUGGGUCCGUUUCGGGAUCGAAAGGUGACCUGAAGAGCUCCAAGGUCAGCUUGGGGUCCGCAGAAGGCGAGCUGGACGGGGGAGAGGGGCCGUCGGCCAAAGGGAAGUUCUCCCUCUUUAAGAGCAAGAAGACGCGUCACCGGUCGUCGUCCUUCAGCGACGAGCGCUCGUCCCACUCGACGCCCACGGGAACCCUGGAGCUGGACGUCGGCUCGGGCGCCGACAAGGGGAAACAGGGCAAAAUGAAAUUCGGGACGUUCGGGGGGAUCGGCUCCAAGACCAAAGGCUCGUACGAGGUGACGGGAAGCGACGAGGAGCUGGGGAAGGCGCAGGGCAGCGGGGUCUCGCUGGCGUCCAAAAAAUCGCGCUUGUCCUCCUCCUCCAGCAACGACAGCGGGACGAAGGGCGGCUUCCGCGUGCCCGGCGUGGAGCUGACGGUGGCCAAGAAGAAAGAGUAG